GGGCGCAGUCUCUCCCGCGGCUGUAGGCUCGGAGCUCCGCUUCCCUCCUCUCCUCGCCGCCAGCUGCGAGAGGCGGGUGGGACAAACUUUGCCCAGCGCAGCGCCCGCCUCUCCGAUUCGCCCGAAGAGCGCAGGGGAGAAGCUGGCGAGGAAGGUUGAGGACGUUCCCUUCUUUCAUUCUCUUCCUUCGCAGCCUCCUGUCCCACUCCCCCCCCACCACCGCGAUUUUCUCCAGACCAGUUUUGAGUGUGGCUAAGGGUAGACGAGCGUGGGUUUUUGAAGUCAUUGCUGGCAACUGGGCAGGCGUCUCUGAACUCUGCUAGUCUCUCCAAUGAGCUUCUGAGGGCCCAGUUCACCAGAAAGAGAAAGGGAAAACCUCUUUCCCUCUUUAAUUCUUUGUCUCUGAUCUUUAACAUUCUUUCAUUUCUUCAUUCUUUCCUUCCUUUCUACCACUCCUCCACCCAACCCGCUUUAAAAAGGCCCCCUCCCAUUUGGAGAAGGGGCCCGCAGCCUGCGCUCUCAGCGGGAGCGCACCUCCCUGUGAGCCGGUUCAGUUUGGGAGCACUCCUCCACCGAACGGCUGCGGGGCUUCCUCCAGUACCCUGCGUUAUUCGAGAAGUUCUAGGCAGCUUCUCGCUCUGUGCUACUGGGUCGGCGCAUCCCUGGGGUGGAGGCGGGAGCCUGCUGGCCGCCGCGCCGUCAGCUGCGUGACCGUGGGAAUCCCGGCGGGGCUACCCACAGCCUCCGGUGCGCGGAGCCCGCCCGGCCGAUAGAGCGCGCCGCCUUGGAGCCCGUUUCAAAACCCACAGUCCCGGGAGCUCGGCUUCGUGGGGCAGCCGGGGAAGCCCCGGGACCCACGGGCCUGGCGGCAGCUGCCCUAGCCCCCUUCUAGCCCCCAGCUAGAAAGAGCCGAUGAAUCACGGGAGGGGGCCGCCGCCAGAGACUAGCUACGUAAAUAGUAGGUGGCAGUCCCGGCUUGGGCUCCCCCCUCCCCCACCUUCUCUUUUUGGCAUUUGGAGCUGGGAAUGUGGAGCGUAGAGGUCUGUGCGGGGCGCGGCGGGGGUCUUCACUUGAAAUGAGAAUCUGGGCUUGGGUGAACGACGUGUCCUCCGUUCCCUCCUCCUCUCCUCUCCGUGGACUAUUUUAAUUCUUUUUCCUUUACCAGCCCCUCCUGUUUCGCCCUUCCUUUCCCCUGUGAAUGGGGCACGGAGUGACAUGCCAAGGGUUCGGUUGCUUAGCUGGGGACUCGUGGCUUGGCUGGUGCGGGGCGCGGAGACUGACUCCAUGUCAGACCAGUCGCUUUGUUUUCAGGGCCGGGGGGACCCUUUGCGGACCGGUCGGGAUGACAGCGGGCUCCUAAGCCUCCUCGGGCCGUGGCCCGGGGCUCGGGCAUCCCCUUCUCGAAGGCCGAAAGCCCCGGCGGGCGGGGUCCAAAGUGGCGCGAGGCGCCCGGGGGACCCAGGUGGGAAGCGAACUUGCACCCCCAGAGUGGGGACCCUGUUGGGGCGCGUCGUGUGCAUGUGCGUGUGAGUGAGAGCCAAGGGAAAGCGGGGGGGCGGGGGGGGGGGGGAGACGAGAAGCGAGAGGAGAAAGAGGAGGAGAAAACAGUGAAGGCUGUUUCAACAACUUCGCGGUGGCGAGCGCCGGAGCAGGGAUUUCGGGUUUCCGAGCCGGCUCGGGACUGUCUAAUUAUGCCGGGCUCUGCAGGGACAUGCAGGAGGCGAGGUGCCGCUUGUUCUGACACCCCGGCGGGCAGACUGGCAGCGGCAGCCAGGGGAGAGCGAGCCGUGUCAUCCGGGGGUGCGUCGGGCGGGAGUGGCCCAGCCAGUCGGACGGGUUUGCGCCGGGAGCGGGGAGUCCGUGCCAGCGGCGCCCGGGCUGGGCUGCCUCGCGUCUCUGCGCUCCCCGAGCCGCGGCCCGGUGCCCCCCUCAAUCCCUGCCCCUCCUUCGCGAGCCCCGGCUCCGGAGAGCCGAGGGCGGGGCGGCCGGCGGCGCAGAGCGGCCGGUCCCCGGAGGCCGCGGGAAGCAAGAGAGCGGCGGCCCAGGCGAGAGCCGGUCCCGGGCGGGGCGCCGGGCCAUGGAGAAGCCGCGCGGAGGCGGGCGGCAGGACCCCCCGCCUCAGGCCCGGCAGCGGAGCGGAGGAGCCCGCGGCCGGAGAGGCCCGGCCCGCCGCAGCUCGGGGGCGGAGAGCCCUUCGAACGCCCGGCCGCGGUCCCCGGGAGCGCCCGGCCGCGCCGCGCGGCCCCCGCGGCAUGCCGAGGACCGUCACGACGGCGCCAGCAACGGGACGGCACGGUUGCCCCAGCUGGGCACUCCUGAACCCCCUGCACGCCCAGCCGCAGCCGCAGCACCCGGGCUGGCCCGGUCAGAGGCAGAGCCAGGAGUCUGGGCUCCUGCACACGCACCGGGGGCUGCCCCACCAGCUGUCGGGCCUGGAUCCUCGCAGGGACUACCGGCGGCACGAGGACCUCCUGCACGGCCCCCACGGGCUUGGCUCCGGACUCGGAGACCUCCCGAUCCACUCCUUACCUCACGCCAUCGAGGACGUGCCGCAUGUAGAAGACCCGGGUAUUAACAUCCCAGAUCAAACUGUAAUUAAGAAAGGCCCCGUGUCCCUGUCCAAGUCCAACAGCAACGCCGUCUCCGCCAUCCCCAUCAACAAGGACAACCUCUUCGGCGGCGUCGUGAACCCCAACGAAGUCUUCUGUUCAGUUCCGGGUCGCCUCUCGCUCCUCAGCUCCACCUCGAAGUACAAGGUCACGGUGGCGGAAGUACAGCGGCGCCUCUCACCGCCCGAGUGUCUCAACGCUUCGCUGCUGGGCGGAGUGCUGAGGAGGGCGAAGUCUAAAAAUGGAGGAAGAUCUUUAAGAGAAAAACUGGACAAAAUAGGAUUAAAUCUGCCAGCAGGGAGGCGUAAAGCUGCCAAUGUCACCCUGCUCACAUCACUAGUAGAGGGAGAAGCUGUCCACCUAGCCAGGGACUUUGGGUACGUGUGCGAAACCGAAUUUCCUGCCAAAGCAGUAGCUGAAUUUCUCAACCGACAACAUUCCGAUCCCAAUGAGCAAGUGACAAGAAAAAACAUGCUCCUGGCUACAAAACAGAUCUGCAAGGAGUUCACCGACCUGCUGGCCCAGGACCGAUCGCCCCUGGGGAACUCGCGGCCCAACCCCAUCCUGGAGCCGGGCAUCCAGAGCUGUUUGACCCACUUCAACCUCAUCUCCCACGGCUUCGGCAGCCCGGCGGUGUGCGCCGCGGUUACGGCCCUGCAGAACUAUCUCACCGAGGCCCUCAAGGCCAUGGACAAAAUGUACCUCAGCAACAACCCCAACAGCCACACGGACAACAGCGCCAAAAGCAGUGACAAAGAGGAGAAACACAGAAAGUGAGGCUCUCCGCCCGCCCCGCCCGCACCGCCGCGCGCGCUCGCCCACCCACCCGUCCACCUCCGCCUGCACCUCCAUCCCCCCACCGCCGGCAGGUGACAGCGCCGGGGACCAGCGACCCUCCACUGCUGCUACUGCCGCCGCCGCCGCUGCCGCCUUCGGUCCCGAGUCCCGGGGGCCCGGGGCCCACGCUCCACGGCGAGAGGGGCGACCCUUCAGGCCCCGGCCCCGACCGCCCCCAUGAGCAUCACCUCCCCUUUGCCCACCCCCCCGCGUGGAGCCUAAGAGAACCGAACAGGCCGUGAAGCCAGCAAAGAAAAGUUCUGUCCGAGUUUGUGAACCUUUUUUUUUUUUUAAACCCAACAAAUCAACCACAAAGACAACAAAAAAAUUAAAAACUUUUUUUUUUUUUUAGAAAAAAGGAACGUAAAAAUUAAAAAAAAAAAUUCUAUGAGUUUCACGGGAUGGAAUCACCACCUUCCUUACAUAUUUCAGUUCAGAUUGUAGCCAUACUUAAAAAAAAAGGCAAAAAGGAUCAUGACAUUUUUAUCAGUAUUGUGAAUAAACUUGAACACACAGAUACUCGAAGUUCCAUGUCUUGUCUUCAGUUGUAAAAGUUUUCCCUCUUCAAGGUAAAGCGACUAACUUGAACUUUCUCUGGCAACACGAUUCACAAUUCUAUAAGGGAAUCAGUGUUCACGUCUCUGUAUAUAUUUAUUUAUGUGUAAUUUAAUGGGAAUUGUAAAUAUGGUGAAUCUGUUUUAAGCCUUUUUUUUUUUAUUUAUCUGGUGAUCUCGUUUACCUCUUGUUUAGUGGGUUUGAAUCUUCCCUAUUAGUUCUUCAUGUGGUUCAUGGUACUUAUUUAGGAAUUCAAGGUUUGGGGGAUUUUUUUUUUUUUUCCCUCUGGGAUUCAUGAAUUUAGCCCUGUUGUAGCAUGUUAAAGACGACAAUGAAACAGCUGAACAAAUUUUAACAAGUAAAAUAAAAUUUUAUAAAUAAUUAGUAUUACAUUUAGCUUUUCAUUGAACUGAAAGGAAAAAAAAAGUGAUAUUGGAUCCUGGAAAGAUUUAACUUGAGUGGUUUGAUAACCGGUCUAUGUUUUUGUGGGGGAGAAGCAAAAAAGUUUAUUUUAUUCCACUGUCCUCCCUUAAAAGCAUCAUUUGAGCAAUAAAUGAGUAUUGUCUUUAAACCAAGGGUUAGGGAUGUUUUCCUCUCUCUCUCUCUCUUUUUGUUGAAAGAACUUCACACAUUUGGGACCGCCUGGUACCCUGUAUUUUCACUGGCCGUUUGGAAGCAGUUCUAGCUGUAUUGUAUUGAGUUGUGCCAGCAGUAGUUUUCAUGCCUGUCAAUGUAUCAUAGUCCUUUGUUGCCCAGAUAAAUAAAUAUUUGAUACGCUUUA